AUGACAGCAACCACCACGAGCAGCCACAGCUGCACGUACAAGACCUGCGACCUGCAAUUUGAGAGCGAGAAGGCCAUGAAGAGACACAAGAAGUACGAUGAUGACCACGAGUACUGUGACAAGUGCGACGAGGACUUCGAGACGUAUGACGAACUCGCCCACCACAAGAUCCUUCGACCUGAUUUCCACCACAAGGCUUGCCGUGUCUGUGGCCAGGAGUUUAAGUCCGAGUCUGGCCUAAAGCGUCAUAUCGAGCUGUCUCAUAGGGUCGACCAGAAGCUGACUUGUAUUGGCUGCAAAAGGUCCUUCUAUCGAGCCUGCCUGUUCAUCGAGCACCUUGAGUUCGGCUACUGCGACGUCAUCGCCGCUUCUCAGUUCCAAGGCCACGUUGUUCACAAGCACUUGGUCACAACACUGCUGAAGGACGGCGAUGCUUACAAACGCUUCCAAGCUAAGCAAGCCAUGUUUGAAGCAGCCCACGGCGACUUUGAGGAAGAAGGCGGCAUCUGCCUCGAUGGCCCCAUGGACAGGGACGAGGAAGUGGAAGUCCCUUUCGCUGCCCUUCAGCCUGAAAUUCAUGUUACGCCCAUCCAUACUCCAUACCCACCACUCCCUUCACAAGCUCGAGUUUCAGGCUACAUCGUUGACGAGGUUGCAUCCACGAUUGGCACCAUGUCUAUCGAUGACGAAGACAACGACAACAGCACCGUAGAAGGAGCACAUAGCUCUGCCACACCCUCCGCGUACGGUGGCUCUGCGUACGCUGCGUCUACAUCGGCUGCCCGCAAGGAAAAGGUCUGGGUCAAUCGCAACGGCAAGUCAGCUAGUAGUGCUCUCUUCCCCAACGCAAAGCCGACCCCAGCGUAUGAAGAGUUCUCUGUCGCUGCACACGAUGCGCAGAUGGAGCGCGAGCACGGCAUUAACAUCAUGAAGACGCGUUUCUGGGACCCUAUGAGCGCCGACUGGAACCCAGAGCGCUUCUACGACUCUGUCAUCGACAAGUACAACUGUCCGUUCGUCUGCGAGAUCACAUUCGCUACGCCUGCCGACCUCAACCAUCACAUCAACAGUGAUCACCGCCUGACUCGCAUGAAGUGCCCGUACUGCCUCAAGUACUUCAAAAGUGCCACGGCAUUAAUGGCGCACUGCGAGAGCCGCGGUUCCAAGUGUCAGAUCAACAAGGCAGACAACUUCAACAUCUUCCUUGACAGGCUAUCCGGCGGCUUUCUCGGCGUCAACGAGGAGGUCCGGCCUGACCAUCUCAACAACCCCACGGCCAUGGUCAGGAACCCCGACACAGGCAGGAUGGAAGUGUACAAGCCUCCCGUUGCCUCGUACCUUCAGUACAUAGUCACGACGCCUCCGGACUGGAAGGGGCCUAGCAAGGCUGGCGUCCAGAUGGGCUUUGGUGCGCAGCAGAGCCAGUGGUAG